AUACUAUCCAUCCAUUCGGAGGUAGAUCCACGAAACUUUGAUUCAAGAGAAAAAUAUAAAAGCCAGCCAUCUUCCUACUAUCAUGAUCGCCUUCAAAAUUACCUGAUCCUAUAUCACACGAGUCAAAGGAUGCGUUUCGCCUCUCCAAUUGUCUUCGCCGUCAUUACUGCCCUAGCAUCAUCAAUCUCUGCAACUAGCGACACGGCUGGCGAUCUUUGUGUCCGUGGUUGCUACUUGGACGAUCAAUGCUCUAAUCCAAAUUGCGCUUAUGAUAGAUGCUGGUUUUUUUUAUGCAUAGUGAGUCGUGUUUUUGGUCUCACAUCGGUGCAGUAUGGCCGUUGACGCUGAUGCGUGAGCUACUAGUGAUCUGUAGCGUUUAUCGAAGCACAUCAGGAAACAAUCGGUUCACCU